AUGGCAGACAGCUCAAGAGACAUGUUGCGAUUUCAGGAAUUGGAACAAAAGCGAAAAAUACUUGAGAAAGAAGCUGCUGAGUUUUCUUCCAUUUUGGAAAAUAAUGACAAUGUGGGCAUGCGAGGGCCACUGAUUGACUCUGAGGGCUUUCCUCGAAGUGACAUCGACCUUGUCGCAGUGAGGACCGCCCGCAACCGCAUUGCUUGUAUUAACACGGACUACGCUGAAUUAAUGAAAGAAUUGGAAGCUGUGACGGCGCGUCUUCAUGAAAACAGACACAGAGUUAGUAGUGUUGGUCCUUUAUCGUCUGUAGAUUGCACCCAGUCACCAGCCGAUCGCUACACCACUCCAUUUUUGCUUGUCGAUCAUGUGGCCAGGCUAUCUCCUGCUGAACUUUCUGGCAUCCGUGCUGGAGAUCGAAUUGCUCGAUUCGGUUCAGUUCACUCAACCAAUUUCUCAGGCUUGUCAAGCAUCGCGGAGGUGGUUAAAACCACUGAGGAGAAGGUUCCCAUUCCAGUGACUGUCUUGAGGUCGUGCGACGACUCAGUAUCAGUCCAUCAGAUAAACCUGUUUAAGCCCGAGGGCUCGAAAAACCUGGGGUAA